GUUCGGGGACUGGAUCGUUGACCCAGCUUCUCUCCCUGAAGCAGCACAGAGUUCACCUGUAAACCAUGCAGGCUCCGAGAGAAAUGGCUUGACUUUCCUUCACACGGGAGCCCCCAUCUCUGCCAAGGCCUUUCGCUCUCCCCUUAACCCUGCCUAGCUCUGGCCUGCUGAGACGUAAAAACUACAACUUCCAGAGGGCCUUGCGCGGAGAUCUGGCCUCCAUAAGUCAGGUGGCUCAAGUCAGGUGACAGCUGGGCCCGCCCUCACACAAAGUCUGAGCGGCCCGGGGAAUCGGGUACAUUCCCAAGCGGCACCUGGCGCGAGGUUGCUGCGAACGGUGAGAUAGGUCCCCGGAGCCUAGGAAGCUCUCUGUGAGGUGAGAGUCGGCAGGACCUGGACAGCCUCCCAUUUCCCAGGCGGACCCCCUAAGGCCUAGAGACUGGCACAGCACGUCAGCUGGACAGCCUGCCGCGGAUCCAGCCCCCUUAGCCGCGCCUGGGUUCCAUCUGCUGUCACCAGUCCUGGCUUGGUGACACCGGACAGACCUAACGUUGAUGGGAGAACUCGGGUGGUGUUCUGCAAAAUCAAGGAACAUGAUAAGGAAUUGGCUGCUUAUUUUUAUCCUUUUCCCCCUGAAGCUUGUAGAGAAAUGUGAAUCGACUGUCAGCUUCACCGUGCCUCCUGUUGUGAAACUGGAAAAUGGCAGUUCAACCAACGUCAGCAUCACCCUGGGGCAGCCAUUAAAUGCAACCUUGGUGAUCACUUUUGAAAUCACAUUUCAUUCAAAAAAUAUUACUAUCCUUGAACUCCCUGAUGAAGUUGAAGUGCCUCCCGGAGUGACAAAUUCCUCUUUUCAAGUGACUUCUCAAAAUGUUGGACAAGUGACUGUUUAUCUGCAUGGAAAUUAUUCCAAUGCAACCAGCCCAAGGAUACGCUUCUUGGUGAUCCGCAGCAACACCAUUAGCAUCAUAAACCAGGUGAUUGGGUGGAUCUACUUUGUGGCCUGGUCCAUCUCCUUCUACCCUCAGGUGAUCAAGAACUGGAGGCGGAAGAGUGUCAUUGGUCUGAGCUUCGAUUUUGUGGCCCUGAACCUGAUGGGCUUUGUGGCCUACAGCGUGUUCAACAUCGGCCUCCUGUGGAUACCCUACAUCAAGGAACAGUUUUUCAUCAAAUAUCCCAAUGGCGUGAACCCUGUGGACAGUAAUGACGUCUUCUUCAGCCUGCACGCAGUUGCCCUCACCCUGAUUGUCAUCGUGCAGUGCUGCCUAUAUGAGCGAGGCAGCCAGCGUGUGUCACGGCCCGCCAUCGGCUUCCUGGUACUCUUGUGGCUCUUCGCCUUCAUCACCAUGAUUGUGGCUGCAGCUGGGGCAACCACAUGGCUGCAAUUUCUCUUCUGUUUCUCCUACAUCAAGCUUGCUGUCACACUGGUCAAGUAUUUUCCACAGGCCUACAUGAACUUUUACUACAAAAGCACUGCGGGCUGGAGCAUUGGCAAUGUGCUCCUGGACUUCAUAGGGGGCAGCUUCAGCCUCCUCCAGAUGUUCCUCCAGUCCUACAAUAAUGACCAAUGGACAUUGAUCUUCGGAGACCCAACCAAGUUUGGACUUGGCGUCUUCUCCAUCUUCUUUGAUGUUGUCUUCUUCAUUCAGCACUUCUGUUUGUACAGAAAGAGACCAGGGCUUCAGGCAGCACACACAGGUCCUGACAGCCAUCUCAGGUGGAACUGGGUGCAGAACUUGCAGCUGAAGGCCUUUCCCCAAACAACCAAUGUUUCUGGGAGCACCUUGAAGGGCUGACCUUGCAGCCAGGAGAGCCAAGGGCACUUUGCUGCCACUGCUGUGUUCCCAGAGACCAAGUAGCCAGGUGCUGUGGCCAGUGGACUCAAAGGUGCUGGUGCUGGUGGCGGAGGGGCGAGGAUUUGGGGGUUAGGCCUUGGGGUCCUUUGUCUGAAGGUCCCCAAGACUCUCAUUCUACAUAACUCAGAUUCUACAACAGCAGUACAGAUGGCCCCAGCCAGGGCCUGGUGAAGAGGAUUUCUGAACCUUGAGAUGCCUGCCAGAUCGAUUCUGAAGUGAACUGAUGCCCAAUGCCCUCUGGAACUUUAUCAUACAAAGUCAGAUACCACACUAACUCCAUUCAGGUUUUUUGAAGGGAUGUUAUGGAAGUGGCAUACUUUCUUUUGUCCUCUCUCCUACCUCCACUUUUUGAGUCAGAUGGGGCUCCAUCUGAACCCACAGUGCUCCUAACCCAGCACCUGUACAACAGGACACACUCUACCGGCCUGUGCCUUAGAGGCCUGUCAGACCUACCAAGUGGUAAGCAUAUUUCCCCCAAGGGGAGGGCAGGCCCCCUUCCCUUUUCCCAGGCCCCUGAGAUGCUCUAAUUUGGGGGCUUCAAAGUAAUUGAUACUAUCUCACACAAUGCUUGUGGGCAUAAUCUUAAUCUCAAACCUCCUUCCCUCCCACCCCAACCUAUUGUCCUUCCUAGGGCAGGAAGGGAGGGUCCCAGGAUGUGCCUUGAGUUUGCUGGCCCACACAUUUUUUACUACAAGGCCAAUGUAAGCGGCCUAUAUCCUUUUUGUUUUCAUGGUGCUUGUAUCCUUAAUUAAAACCUGGCUUGUUUCUUUCUGCA